UUGGUUCCACAGCAAUUGGAAUUCAGACAUCAGAAGGGGUUUGCCUGGCUGUGGAGAAGAGGAUCACCUCCCCACUUAUGGAACCCAGCAGUAUUGAGAAAAUUGUAGAAAUAGAUUCUCACAUAGGUUGUGCAAUGAGUGGUUUAAUAGCUGAUGCAAAGACACUAAUCGACAAAGCAAGAGUUGAAACGCAGAAUCACUGGUUUACAUACAAUGAAAUCAUGACUGUAGAGAGUGUGACACAAGCAGUGUCCAAUUUAGCGUUACAGUUUGGAGAAGAAGAUGCUGAUCCAGGUGCUAUGUCAAGGCCAUUUGGUGUGGCACUACUCUUUGGCGGAGUUGAUGAAAAGGGACCUCAGCUGUUUCACAUGGACCCUUCUGGGACAUUUGUACAGUGUGAUGCAAGAGCAAUUGGAUCAGCUUCAGAAGGCGCACAAAGCUCCCUGCAGGAAGUUUAUCACAAGUCAAUGACACUGAAAGAAGCAAUCAAGUCAUCACUUAUCAUUCUAAAGCAAGUUAUGGAAGAAAAACUGAAUGCAACUAACAUUGAGCUUGCAACAGUGGAGCCUGGGAUGAAGUUCCAUAUGUACACGAAAGAGGAACUUGAAGAUGUUAUCAAGGAUAUUUGAUGAGGGGGAGAACCUCUCCAACUGCCUCAUUCCCUGAUCACAGCAAACUGACUCUUCAGUUUUUUCCAGGGCCCAUAACUUUAUUUCAGCAGCACGUAUGCCUGCUCUUAAACAAUGGCUCAAAAGGUUUUUUUUACAGUUUCUGUACAUAAAAAAGAUCUUCAGUAAGAGGAAACUAGAAUAAAUCAUUUUGUUACUCUUAUCUCAAUUUCUUCUAUAAUAAAGCUUGGGGGUUGGGUGAAAUGGUUUGGUUUGAUGCUGAGUUAAACUGUGUGUAUUUUAUGCAGCCAGCUUCUCCCCAUUCAUUGCGCUUCCUUCCCUAGUAUCUGGCUUACUCUGGAGUGCUACUGCACUGCCGCUGCAACCCUGACUGGCUCCUUUUUGAGCACCAUUUUUGUUUCAAACUGGCCCCUUUUCUAGCAACAGUGACCAGGAGGAAGUCAGACUUGAAACAAAAAAUGUGCUGAGGCAGCAGGCUUUCAGUGCAGCAAAUAGCAAUGAAUCAGUGCAAAACAGGUAAGCUUUUAGGGUACAGCUUUGGGGGCCCAGUCCCACUUAUUUCAAGCUAAAAUAUUUCCUUUCCCUCAAAUUCAGUCUGGCACUAAAGUAAAACAUCAAAAAUGAGUAAGAAUAUAUAUUGUACCUAACAGUUAAAACUGCUGUGGAGUAUUGCAUUGAUAUCCAGUUAUAGCUGGGGUCUUUCUAAUCUAAUGUUACUGCUGUGCCGAGCGUUCUCUCCCUUUUCUGGGCAGCAUUGUUUGUAACUGAACUCCCAGACAUGUCAUGGCCUCCCCAAGCCACCUCUGGAGUUCCUUUUCUAGCCAGUCAGAUGGCACAGCUCCCUCAUGUGGACCAUGCGACCUGAACAAGGCAACAAAUGAUUUUGACACUGAAGUCAGCUCCCUCUGCACCCUGCUGAAAUAAUGUGUACAUUAAAAGUUCUUUCAUAGGCAGGGUAACAUAUAUUUACAACUGUUUAUAUUUUGUUUUUUCUUCUGUAUUCUUGUUGAAAAGUAUAUACUAAAUAUAUCACCUCGACCAGCCACAGUACAUCACAAACAGGAAGUGAACCUCUAGCUUGGUGGCCUGCUGAUUUCAUCUUUGUAUCUUAAAUUUUUGGGUAACAAACUUACCCUCUUUAAUUUGAUAUUCUGGCUAGCUGGCAUUUGUUAGCAUUGUUUUCAGUUUAGAACAGAGGGCAUUUGCCAGUUAAGGUGCAUAAAGGUAAGGACACUUCUGCUGGUGUCAGCAGAUUGAAGAUGAGAUUACCAGCCAUUUAAAGGAUCCACAUCCGAAAUUGUUUCUCAAAGUGUUAUGAAAAGGAAUAAAUCUAUUUUAAAAUGAGCUUGGGAAUCUUUUAAACUAGUUUGUUACUAGAUUUUCUGGUCCUCUUAAGACCUAAAGAAGGGGUAUUGUUUAGGGGCCAUUUGUGCAAAGAAUCAAGGAAUAGUUUUAUUGGAAAGCUUGGUAGAUGCUUGCUGUUGGUGUGUUUUUUGUGUCAAAGGCACACCAAAGCAGAGAAUAUUGUCUGAGUGUGCCCCAAUAGGCUGUGCUUUGGAUAAGCAGAAGUUACCGGGCUUAAUGAACAUUAAGUAAAAAGUCUAGAUAAUAGCUAACAGAUGGUUAGCCUGGUUUGGUACAAGAGGCACUGUAGGGCUUUUGAGUGGAUGAUAUGAGUAUACAUGGAGACUAUACAUUUUAUUUGGAAGAAAGAUGUGAAGGAUGUAAGUGUAAGAAAAUAACAGAUAAAAUACGUUCUGCAAUGAGAAUGGUGUGUUUAGAGCCAAAGGUAAGUGACAUGAGUCCUUUCAGGAUAUAGAAUGAUUCCUUUUUUUUUUUAAAUCUAGCUGUUGCUUAGCUUGUGCAAAAAA